AACACCCACUACAUUGUCCAACCAAGGAACUCUUUCCUGUCGACCCAGCUUCUCCAGCCCCUAGCACGGCAUUCAGGGGUGGUAACUCGUGUGUCCCUCCAGCUUCCCAACGCUCUGCCGCGCGCCUAGCUCCCCAGCCCCUCUUCCUAAUGCCGGCGCUUUCUUUCAGGCGCAAUGACUCAUUCCUCUCAGGACGCUGGGUCUCACGGCAUCCACGAAGAAGGAAAACUCUAUGUUGUGGAUUCCAUAAACGACUUAAACAAACUCAAUCUCUGUCCGACGGAAUCGUCACGUCUGUUCUCUUUAGAGGACAAAAUCCCCAAUGCUGGCACAACCCCAGGAAAUGGAAGGCGGGGGCUGUUUUUUGUGGGGCUGCUCCUGGUGUUGACGGUCAGCCUGGCUCUGGUCUUCUUCGCCAUCUUCCUAAUAAUUCAAACAGGAAACGAAAUGGAGGACGUGUCAAGAAGACUGGCGGCUGAGAGAAAGGACAUAGAUGAUCUUAAGAAAAUCAACAACAUGAUCGUAAAGCGGCUCAACCAACUGGACUCUGAACAGAACUGAAAGGGUUUCCGCCUGACCGUGGUUAUGGACACCGGAGCUUCUUGCUUGGUGGAGGUACACUAGGCUACGGACUGAGAAAGUGCGGAUACUAUCCAUCAUUCCUCCUGGUUCAAGGAUAGAAAUAAGGCCAAGGCAAGGGGUUUAAAGUUGGCAACUGAACAGGGGUGAACUUGAUUCAGCUUUACUGACUGCUAGCUGCCUGCUUCUGCUUUGGUGGGGUUAGAGCGGUGGGUGGAGGGUCAGCCGCAAGAGAACUUAACUCUUCCCAUGCUACCGCUUUUUGAAAAUAAGCUUGGUUUAGAAGACUUCCAAUGUUCUAGUGAGGUCCCUGAUACCUCACAUACCUGUACAGAUUCCUGCACAAGCCUAAAGAAACUGAACACUGAACUGUCUUUGUUGAGGUGAACCAGGUGUUCACUCUUUUCAGUAGUGUGCAUUCUUCAUUUCCGGGUGACACACUUUGACAACAGCUUCCGAGCGCUGUUCAGUGAUCGCUGGAGAAACAUGGGCAGCGCAGUGUACGUGUGGUGAAGCUGGGGGACAAGAGAGAACGCCUGCUAUAUUCUACUACUGUUUCCUGAGCUCCCGACUUGUGAAAAUCAUCUGACUCUAGAGAUCCCACCAUACACAUGUGGAAAGAGGGAGUUAUGUCUAUUUAUAUAUAAUCUAUAAGCCCUUCUAGCUUCGUCAUGCAAAACAAAACAAACAAAACAACUCCUUGGAAUCCUGCUCAUGGCUUUGGAAGAAACUAGUUAGGUUUGUGUGGUCUUUGCUAAAUUAGAGUAGAAAAUUGUGUAUUUAGAAGCUCAUUUGUUUUAGUAAGAAUAAGAUGUUGUAUAUGACAAGACUGAGGCAAA